AAAAAAAGUAACAAUCAAAUCAAAAUUUGAUUGAAGUGGUCCAAAAUUCGAAAAACAAAAACAGGUACCUACUGCUUGCUGAACACUAUGGAAUCUUCCAGGGAAAACAUACAGUUGUAUGCUUCCGGCAAUCAAGAGGACCAUAUCUGCAGGCUGUGCUUCGAACGGGCCUACAAACUUUCAUCGGUUUUUCCGUACGGAGACAAUCCCGAUAACGAACUAUUCCGCCAAAUCAGGGACUUGGCUAAAGUAGAUCUAGAUCAUCUGCUGGACCCAGAAUGCUGCAUUUGUUCCCGGUGUGUAAAGAGCCUAUCGGAGUUUUCAUAUUUUCAAAGGCAAAGCAUGCAGAACGAUCGAAUCCUCCAGGGGCUUCGAAGCAGACAGCAUAUCGACGACACGAAGGACAAUAUACUAGUUCCAGUCGAAAGUGUCAUCAAAGCUGGCAGCGAAGAAUCGGCGAGUGAAGCGGAUCCAUUCGAGAAUUUCGAUAGUGUAUCGAAUUCUUCCGAAUUGACGCAACCGGACAGACGGGUUAACGUCAAGCACAAAAGAAGAUACACUAGUUUUGAUGUUGGGAGUACUAGUAGUAGCUCGGAUGAAGAUUACAAACCGACCCCCAGACGAAGAUCCCGUACUGCUAAAAUCAAGAAUACCUCGAAACAACAUAGGAACAGCAAAUCAGAUAACUAUCCAGAGGUUAAGGAGAAUGAACCAAAGUCGAGCGAAAACUUCAAAGUAUAUACCUCUGGACAUGGCAGUAAGAACAUCGUGUUAGGUGGCAAUCGCUAUCGCAAAACUAAAGUCAUCGACAGGGAGGAUUCGCGCUGUAUUUGGUGGCGUUGUGUGGAGCCCAUCUGCAGUGCCAGAGUCUACACCAAUGGCUGCGAAAGUGGGAAAGUCUAUUGGCAGGAGCUUAAUAAUAAACAUGUUCACGAGCCGGACAAUGUGGAUGAGUUGAUGGAUCAGAAAAUAAAUUACAUCGACGAGAUUCCCGAUAUUGAAUCGAAUGAUGAGGGUUAUCCCAUAGUGAUGCCACGGUCACCCAAUCGAGAAGAAAUUGUUCUGUUUGGAAAUCAUCAACAUCAUUUGCUGUUGGAAAGGGAAGAUGGAACAAAAAUUUAUGGUUGCACUUUGAGAUCUUGCCGCUCCACGUUAUAUUUGUGGAAUGAUUCAAAUUGGAAAGCUUACUGUGGUUCCAGUUCCGACUUUAAGGAAAUAUUUUUCAAUCCAGAACCUAAAACAAAUAAGGUUCUUGCCUUCGAUGGACACUUUUACUCAAACGGCAUGCGUAAAUCCAUAAACAGUGACUGCUUCAAAUGGUACUGCCUUUUGUUUAAAUCUCUGAACUGCUCGGCUAAACUUUACACCACUAAACAGAAUGAGGUCAUGUGUUUGAAAAAUCCACAAAAAUCUAUCCACAACCACGCCAAGGACGCUUACAAACUAGAUUCCACGUUAAAAAUUACAAAGGCUACGAAAGGCGACUCUCCAGUAAUCUCCAGCGAUUAUCAUGUGGCAAAAACAUCUCAUAAUGUAGAUUUUAUAAUUUUCGAAGGGAUUCGUUUCACAAUCAUGCUUUCCAAACCGAAUGGAACCAAGUCUUGCAUUUGUCGGGAGUCCAAUACUUGUAGAGCGGAAAUCCUGCUGCUACCAGAUGGAACGAUCAAGAAGUACAUAUACCAAUACGUUCACGAUCAUCCGCUUCCCGAACGACAGAAGAGUAUCGAGGAGUUCGACUUUUUGAUCGAAACAAAAAACGUGGAACAAUUUGGACAACUAUUCCGCUCUUAUAAAGGUUAUAUGUUCAAGCGCAAAAACCGUCGGAACGACAGCUUUUAUUACCGGUGCAACUUUAAACAGUGUCCGGUUUCGUUCUCAACCGAUGGCAACUUUAGCUACGUUAAAGAAAAUCCCGAGAAGCAACACAUCCAUGAUCUGGUGGACGAACGACAGCGACGGAAACAGUUGCACGCCACCGAAGGCACUCGAGAUUACCGUAUAGAGAACAGUGAAGAAGGCUACCCCAAUUUGGUUUUUGCGGGUUACCAGUACUGUCACUUUUACCACCACAAGGAAGGCUGGCGAGUUUGGCGCUGCUUUUCUGGCAUCCGAUGUCGAUCGACGCUGUUCCAGAGUGUGGACGAUGGAACAGUGUUUAAUGCCGAACAAGUUGAACACAAUCAUGACGGACGGAUUCAUGUUGAAAAAUUGCGCAAUCAGAUGAAAAGAGGCAACGCUGGGCACAGUGACGAUGAAGAUGACGGAAAAGGAUCGAAUAGUUCCGAUUGCCACGAUAGUGCUGAAUUCGAUUCAGCAUAAAAUAAAAAUGGAAUAGUUUUUUUUUUUUUUUGAAAGUUUAUUGUUUUCCGUUUGAAAAUUGACUCUAGCUUGCGAAAAGAAAAGAAAACAAAGAUCUUCUGGCAGGACUAGAACGUUUUUCCGGAAUUGGGCCCUAUGCACUUCCAAGAAUGCUGCCUAAUAGGAAUGGAAAAAAUGUAUAUUGGAAUGAUGAUUGGAAGCUUUCGGUGCUAAGGCCAUUAAAACGAUUCAUAAAAAAGCUCAUUCCUUAUUAAGUGGUUAAUUUGAUUUGAUUUUGUUUUUAACAGAAUGUGCAAGGAUUUCGGUACUUACAAAAACAGAAUAAACCAUUUUUAUUUUCAUAAA